GUGUGUGUGUGUGUGUGUGUGUGUCAGUGUGUGCAUGAAUGGGCUCCGCUUUGACGGACGUUAUUGUCUCUCAUCUGCAAAGCUCUCGUCGCGGAAACACCGUUGGGAUUGUGCCGGUGUCGCUGCGCGAAUAAUGGUGGCACACAUGGCGCAUCACGGAGAAACGACGCCGCUGAUCGAAGGGAAUGGAGAGGUUUCACCAUCAGACCUGAAGGAUCAUCCUGUUGAAGGUUCUCACAGCAGUUCAGAUAACACAUCAACUGAGGAGAGCUCGGAGGAAGAGGAAGCCCACGACGAGGAAGAGGAAAGAGAUUCAGACUCCGACACGAGACCCAGAGCAGAACAUCACACCGCCUCGGACGAGCCGCUUCAGUCCUGCUGUGAGAAGUGCCGAGCUCUGAAGAAUCCCAAAUUCGAGCUGGUAACCCCCAGGAAAAUGUCUCGAGAUCGUCUACAGCUGCAGCUGGAGGCCGAGGGGGUGUAUGAGUGUUCAGACACGGGGCUGGUGUUCGAGGUCUCUCAGCGGGUCAAGAUCACCUACUGCAUCCUCUCCUGGAGCAAGUUUAGCACAUACUUGACCGGAUCAUGGAAAUUCGCUGGUCCUAUUUUCGACGUGGACUGCGAUCCGUCUAUUCUCAAAUCCGUCCAGUUCCCACACUCCCUGUGUCUAGCAGCAGAUAAAGAGAACGAAGUGAAGUUCAGCGUGCUGCAUGUGAAGAACAGCCGUGGUCUGAUCGAGCCCUCGGUGGAUCACUCCGGCAGUCACGUCAGGUGGAACGUGUCGUCUCUUUCGCCCGUGGGUCCCAUUGUUCAGACGUCUAAAUCAGCAGAGCAUCAUGGGGUGGUGCAGGUGUUCAAGGAGGUGGGCCCGGAGAACUCCUUCUCCUUCAGAGUCUACCUGGCUGGAAACAACUGCUCUGACAUCAAGGAUAUCAGGAGGGCUGUUCGGCGGGCCAACAACUGUAAGAACAACAAGAAGUACAUACAAGUAGACAAGCCGCCCACAUGCAUGCUGGAGGAGAACAGGAGGUACCGUCUCAUCAGCGAGCCCAUGGGUCACAUCACACCAGAGGACAUGCUCUUCACUCCUGUCAUCGUGGAGGUCAAGGGAUACUUCGAGGUCUUCUUCGAGGAGAGUCCUCCCUUCAAACUGUCCUUGACUGAUGCUGACUCGGGUCAGACUGUCUGGACGGCUACCAUCAGAGAGGGAGAUUGUGUACAUCAUAUAGAUGAAAACCCCAGAAAACCAUCAAAAGGCAGAAAAAGACACAGUAGCAUGUCAGAGGAAGAUCUCUGUCACAAACCGAGUAAGAAAGCUCGUGGCAUUGACGUGGCCGACUGUAACGCACCAGCCGUGGCUCCGGACCUGACGGACCAGCAGCUGAUGCAGGUGGCCAAACGCAUGGGGAAGGAGUGGAAGGUGGUGGCCAUCAGCUGUCUGGGCCUCAGCAAGCAGGACCUGGAGGAGAUGGAGCAAGCCGAGGAGAAUGUGACCAUGCUGAAGUUCAACAUGCUGGAGCGCUGGAGACGCCGUCAGCCCAAGGGAAGAGCGGGAAUUCAGGAUCUCCACAAAUGUUUAAAGGACAACGAUGACGUUCCGAAUGAGGUCAUUGCUGCUCUGGACGAGAUGCUCCAGAAUAACUCUGCUACAUGAGCUUCAGCUGGGAGAUCAGCGCACGUCUGUCUACCUGUCUGGUGUCUGUGGACCUCCGACCGAUCAUCGGAAACCAUUUUAACCACUGAUAGAGAGCGAUGAAAAGAGAAGUCCUGAGGUGUGUGCUCGUACUGGAAUCUGGAGCUUUCAGGAACUGUGGAUACUUGACACUCUUAGUACAUUUUUCUGUGUAGCUCUUUGUACAUUUUUAGAUAUUGUACAUAUUUGAUUGUCUUUGUGAGGACUGUAAGUAUGAAGCUCAGUUUGUUUUGUUGAAUUAUGAGCCGUGAUCAUCUGUCAUCAGGAUUGAUGUUUUGAUCUCAGGUGCCGUCCUUCUCUGAUGGUUAUGAACUAACACCAGCGUAUGAUAUCAUGAUAUUUCUGCAGAUACGUGCUCCAUCUGCACAAGAGACCAUCACUGUUCAUAUGGACACAGAGCUUUUGUCUUGUGACUCCGGUUCAGAAUAUUUCAGCAAUCGGCUGCAUUAGUUUUUUUUUUUUUCUGUCUAAUUAUUUUUUUAUGAAAUGUUGGUUGGGUAAACACACACCUCUCACACCUGUUUAAUGUGCUCUCUCAGGGGAAUCUUUAUUCUGGAGGAAUUUUACCUUUCUUUAAAUGAAUAAACCAUGAAAGUGGAUGAAAAAACAAA